AUGGAGCCUAGAUACCGCGAAAAACCGUAUUCUUUUCAGUUUUUAAUUUAUUUUUUGCUUCCCAUUCCCCCCGCUUCAAUCGGGCCGGCCGUUUGGGAAGAUCGCUCCUUCACGCCCCCCAAAUCACUCCGGAUUUUGGAAACCAGUAGCGAGAAGAAAGAGGCAGCGGGAGCGCCGAAGAGAAGUCGAGGAAGAGAGAGAGACCGGGUCGGAGAGCGCGCGCGAGCGGGCGGGCGAGCCGCGAGAGGGACAGGGGCGAAGCGAGUGACCUGCUUUUUGGGGGUGACCGCCGGCGCGCGGCCCCGCACCCGAGCAGCCGCGCUGACCGACAGACAGACAGACACCGCCCCCCGCCCCAGCGCCCACCUCCUCGGCGGCCGGCGGCCGGCGGCGGCGAGCCGCGGGCAGGAGCCGCAGCAGCCCGCGCCCGGAGGCGGGGUGGAGGGGGUCGGGGCUCGCGGCGUCGUCCUGAAACUUUUCGUCCAACUUCUCGGCUGUUCCCGCUCCGGAGGAGCCGUGGUCCGCGCCGGGGCAGCCGAGCCGAGCGGAGCCGGGAGAAGAAGUGCUAGCCCGGGCCGGGAGGAGCCUCCGUCCGAGGAGGAGGAGGAGGGGGAGGAGGAAGAAGAGAAGGAAGAGGAGAGGGGGCCGCGGUGGCGACUCGGCGCUCGGCAGCCGGGCUCAUGGACGGGUGAGGCGGCCGUGUGCGAAGACAGUGCCCCAGCCGCGCGCGCGCCCAGGGCCCUGGCCGGGGCCUCGGCUCCGGGAGGAAGAGGAGCCCGCCCGGGCGACGAGGAGAGCGGGCCGCCCCGCAGCCCGAGCCGGAGAGGGAGCGCGAGCCGCGCCGGCCCGGGCCGGGCCUCCGAAACCAUGAACUUUCUGCUCUCUUGGGUGCAUUGGAGCCUCGCCUUGCUGCUCUACCUCCACCAUGCCAAGUGGUCCCAGGCUGCGCCUACGGCAGAAGGAGAGCAGAAAGCCCACCCAGUGGUGAAGUUCAUGGAUGUGUACCAGCGCAGCUACUGCCGUCCCAUCGAGACCCUGGUGGACAUCUUCCAGGAGUACCCCGACGAGAUCGAGUACAUCUUCAAGCCGUCCUGCGUGCCCCUGAUGCGGUGCGGGGGCUGCUGCAACGACGAGGGCCUGGAGUGUGUGCCCACCGAGGAGCACAACAUCACCAUGCAGAUCAUGCGGAUCAGAAUUCACAAAGUCCAGCACAUAGGAGAGAUGAGCUUCCUACAGCACAGCAAAUGUGAAUGCAGACCAAAGAAAGAGAGAGCAAGGCAAGAAAAAAAAUCAGUUCGAGGAAAGGGAAAGGGGCAAAAAAGAAAGCGCAAGAAAUCCCGGUAUAAAUCCUGGAACUUUCCCUGUGGGCCUUGCUCAGAGCGGAGAAAGCAUUUGUUUGUACAAGAUCCGCAGACCUGUAAAUGUUCCUGCAAAAACACAGACUCGCGUUGCAAGGCGAGGCAGCUUGAGUUAAACGAACGUACUUGCAGAUGUGACAAGCCGAGGCGGUGAGCCAGGCCGGAGGAAGGAACUCCCUCAGGGUUUCGGGAACCAGACCUCUCACCAGGAGAGACGGAUACAGAAUGACUGACACAGAAACCACGCCGCUGCCACCACACCACCACCACCACCACCACCACCGCCAUCAUCAUCGACAGAACAAUCCUUAAUCCAGAAACCUGACAUGAAGGAAGAGGAGACUGCGCAGAGCACUUUGGGGCUGGAGGGCGAGACUCCGGCGGAAGCAUUCCCGGGCCGGUGACCAAGCACGGUCCCUCUUGGAUUCGGAUCGCCAUUGUGUUUUUCUUGCUGCUAAAUCACCGAGCCCGGUUAGAGAGUUUUUAUUUCUGGGAUUCCUGUAGACACACCCACCCACAUACAUAUGUUUAUAUAUAUAUAUAUUAUAUAUAUAAAAGUAAAUAUAUAUAUUUUAUAUAUAUAUAAAAUAUAUAUAUUCUUUUUUUUUUUAAAUUAACAUUGCUAAUGUUAUUGGUGUCUUCACUGGAUGUAUUUGACUGCUGUGGACUUGCGUUGGGAGGAGACGGUUCCCGCCCAGACCCCGACAAGGAGGAAGCUGGGAGGAGAGAGACUCUGCCAUGAGCUUCCUGCGGCCCUUAGGGUGGCCAGGACGCUCCCUGGCCCAGGAGCAUGCACGGCCAGGGCCUGGGGGCAAAUUUGGCCUGCUUCUGGGAACACCGACAAACCCAGCCCUGGCUCCGAGCCUCCGCCCCGUGUCACAUGGACCCGAGGACAGGCGACAGGCACAGGGGCGAGGACGCCGGCUCCACUCAGGAGUCCGGGAGCCUCCGGACACGGCUGUGCUUCGGGGAGCCCCUCCACGUGCUGCAUGGGCACGCUGCCCCCCGGGGCGCUGCCUGAAGGACUCAGGAGCCCGGGCAGCCUUUACCCGCUCUCGCCUGCCUCCGCGAUGCCCACGAGGCCGCCGCCAGGCGUCCUGGCGAAGAGGAGAGGACGCUGGAGGAAGAGGAGCAGCCCGGUGAAGCGCGGCGUCGUCUGUGGGAAGGGCCUCUCGCCUCGGCCGCUUCCCCGCUCCCUUCCUGGGUGCGAGGCCCAGGGGCCCCGAGGUCCUCAGACCGUUGAAACCACUAGCUCUGUCCCGCAGGAGACCUGGCUCUGUGUGUGUGAGUGGUUGACCUUCCUCUGUCCCCCCACCCGACCCUUCCCACGGCUCAGAGAGACAGGGCAGGAUCCACGUGCCCACCAUGGAGGCAGAGAAAAGAGAAAGUGUUUUAUAUACGGUACUUAUUUAAUAUCUCUUUUUAAUUAGAAAUUAAAACAGUUAAUUUAAUUAAAGAGUAGGGUUUUUUCAGUAUUCUUGGUUAAUAUUUAAUUUGAACUAUUUAUGAGAUGUAUCUCUCUCGCUCUCUUGCGCUCGCUUUCUCUCUCUCUCUCUUAUUUGUACUGCUCCUUGCUGGUCUUUGUGUAUAAAAAAUCCGUGUUCCCACAGUCUCUCUUCCCUGAUCGGUGACAGUCACUAGCUUGUCCUGAACAGAUAUUUAAUUUUGCUAACACUCAACUCUGCCCUACCCUUCCCCCCGCCCCCCCCCCCCCCCCCCCGGCUCCCCACCACACAUUCCUUUGAAAUAAGGUUUCAAUAUACAUCUACAUACUAUAUAUAUAUUUGGCAACUCAUGUUUGUAUAUAUAUAUAUAUGUUUAUGUAUAUAUGUGAUUCUGAUGAAAUAGACAUUGCUAUUCUGUUUUUUUAUAUGUAAAAACAAAACAAGAAAAAAUAGAGAAUUCUACAUACUAAAUCUCUCUCCUUUUUUAAUUUUAAUAUUUGUUAUCAUUUAUUUAUUGGUGCUACUGUUUAUCCAUAAUAAUUGUGGGGGGAAAGAUAUUAACAUCACAUCUUUGUCCCUUAGUGCAGGUUUUUCGAGAUAUUCCGUAGUACAUAUUUAUUUUUAAACAGCAACAAAGAAAUACAGAUAUAUCUUAAAAAAAAAAAAGCAUUUUGUAUUAAAGAAUUUAAUUCUGA